CCCGCACUUUCUUGCCAAUUAUCCCACAUCCUCUGGCACGCCCAUAAUGCAUCAUCGUAUCUUGUCUUCGUCCUUACAUUCGUUAGCUUUGAAAACCCCUCGCUCAGCUGCUCUAUUCCAUCCGCGAAUCCAAAGCAGAUUUGCCUCCUAUUACAACGCUAAUGUUGCCGGUCUGAGCGAAGAACAAGCUGAGUUUAGGAAUGCAGUGACAGAGUUUGCGCAACGUGAAGUCGCUCCAAGGGCUGCAGAGAUCGACAGGAGUAAUAACUUCCCAUCAGAUCUAUGGGAGAAGCUGGGCUCAAUGGGUCUGCUUGGUAUCACUGUCUCUCCGGAAUACGGCGGUCUCUCCCUAGGAUACUUCCACCAUACACUGGCCAUGGAGGAGUUGUCUCGCGCAUCGGGGUCCGUGGCUCUGUCCUACGGCGCACACUCCAAUCUCUGUGUCAACCAGAUUUAUCGCUGGGGGACCGACGCACAGAAGGCCAAAUACCUUCCAGACCUCAUUGCUGGCAAGAAGGUCGGCAGUCUCGCCAUGAGCGAGCCGGGCAGUGGGAGCGACGUCGUCAGCAUGAAAUUGCGAGCAGAUAAAGUGGACGGCGGGUACAAGCUCAACGGGAACAAAUUCUGGAUCACCAACGGACCCACUGCCUCGACUCUGGUCGUCUACGCUAAGACGGCUCCGGAGAAAGGCUCGCGGGGUAUUACGGCAUUCAUUAUCGAGCGUGGAUUCCAGGGGUUCUCGACACAUCAGAAACUGGACAAGGUCGGCAUGCGGGGCAGCGAUACGUGCGAGCUGCUGUUCGAGGACUGCUUCGUUCCUGAGGAGAACGUUUUGGGCAAGGUCAACGGAGGUGCCGAGGUGCUGAUGUCCGGACUUGAUCUGGAGCGGCUCGUGCUAUGCGGUGGUCCGUUGGGACUCAUGCAGGCGGCGUUUGACUAUGCCGUGGAGUACGUGCAUGAUCGCAAGCAGUUCGGCCAGCCUGUAGGGACGUUCCAGCUCAUGCAAGGGAAGAUUGCGGAUAUGUAUACGAAACUGAACGCGUCGAGGUCGUACGUCUAUGCUGUCGCUAAGGCGUGCGACCAAGGCAAGGUCAGCCGGCGAGACUGUGCGGGAGCAAUCCUGUACUCCUCCGACCGCGCAGUGGAGGUCACCAUGGACGCGAUGCAAUGCCUCGGUGGGAACGGCUACAUCAACGAUUACCCCACCGGCCGGUUCCUGCGCGAUUCACGCUUGUACACCGUCGGCGCAGGGACGCAGGAGAUCCGGCGGAUGCUCAUCGGACGCGAGUUCAAUGAGGAUUUCAAACGCCAGUCAUCAUGAGAGUUUGCGUGGGCGUGGUGCAUUGAAUAAGGGAAAGGAUGCAUUACUAAUGCCUUGUUGAACCGGAUUCAUUACUAGUUGGCUAUAUCUAGCCACACGCAUUGAAUAUCGUGUAUAUCCACAAAUUUCUUGUAUAUAUGUAUCAUUAUGCUUGAUGGAUGGAGUUGGGCACAGC